AUGAAAUUUACCCAAUCUCAACCUAAGUUGAUAUUUCCCACAAGACGUUCAUCUACCAACAAAGAUCAAUCGACAUCGACAUCGACUUCGACUUCGAGUUCAACUUCAAUUUCGAGAUCAGCAUCACCAUUAUCUAAAAUCAAAUCAUCUAGACUUACAUUCAUACAAAAGACUAAAUCGUUCAUCAACGAUAAUAGAAAUAGUAGUUCCGGAAAUUCAUCUACUCUGACACCAACCCCAACCCCAAUCCCAACUCAGACAUUCGAAAAGAAAGGACUUUCUUUUUCUACCAAAUAUCAAACACAAAAAGAACAAACCCAAACCCUAGAGAGGUCGGGAAUAAACGAGAAUCAAAUCCUUAAACAACCUCGUACACCACCUACACCUGAUCAACCCCAUCGUACCAAAUCCCAAAAACAACAACAGCAACAGGACCAACAAAGUUUAGACGACGGAUUGGCGAUUUGUUUAUUUGGUUAUUCAGUCCAAGCUCAAACUCAUCAAAUUGAUAGACAACUGAGCAGCAACGCCAUCAACGAGUCUAGUAAUCCUUCGAUUGAUCUGGACGAGGAAAAAGAAGAAGACAUAAAAGAAAAUACCUCAAGGGAAAUCCCCAGUAGUUUGUUUGAUAUAAUGUACGAUUCGACUUAUGAAGAAGAGGUAAGACAACAGGCAGUGAUGGCCGAAGUCCUACCUGAUGCUGAGAUGUGGGCCAAAUGGGAAAAGACCGAAGCUCCCUUAAGACAAGGUAGAGGAUGGUAUCCGAGAUUGGAUCGACACUUUCUCGAGCUCCUAGUAAUAUCCGAGAUCCACGCUCUCUCACACCCUUUAUCGGGUACGAACACUCCACCGGGCCAGGCCGAUCGGAUCCAGCGACAUGCCUCGAGAGUGAGGAGAGUAGCAUGCGAGAGGAUAGGUAGUGAGAGGUUGAACGCUUAUUGCGAGAGGGUUAGGGAGGCUUUUGAAGCUUAUAUGAUGGGUGGGUGGUCAACUGCGGGAGUUCAUACCACGGCGGCACAGCAACAACAUCCUCACUCACAAUCACAAGUAGAGGAAGAGGAAGAUGAUGAGCAGGAAGGGAAAGAAACGAAAGUGAAUGAUGAGGAUGAUGAUGAUGAUGUUGAUGACUUUUUGGGAGAUAGUAAAAGAGGUAGACAAAAGAAGAAAGGUAAAGGAAGUUUAUUUGAUCGCAACAAGAGUGGCAAUGACGAUGACAAAGGUAAAAUACCGAAAAUUAAUAUUAUACCAAGUCAAGAAACUGACCAAGAAGGAGAAGAAGAAGGUGAUGAUGACGAAAGUAUGAAAUCCGAUAUGGAGACAGAAUUGAAUGAGUUGAAAGAACGAUCAUAUGAAGGUUCACUAUGUGGUUCUGAGCUGGAGUCGGAGUCGGAAAGUACGGUCAAGGAUGGUGAAGAUAAAGGGAUGGAGAAGGGGAAUAAGAUGGAUUUGGAUAUGGAUAUGAACAUGGAUGAAAUCACUUAUUCGUCGAUUGUGAAAGACAACAAGUUCCUUACAUUGAACAAAUUGAAAGAUUCUUGA